AUGAGUACGACUCUGCUGCGACUGUGCUACACACUCAUCAGAAGUCACAAAGAGAAGAGAAGAGACGAGAAUCAAUCACCCAGACCCAGUCAUGGCUUCAGCUUCUUCCUCUGCAUUUGCGUCGCUCUCUUAUCAAUUCCGUUCAAAAGAACCGAUCUUUACAUCAAAAGUUUCCUCUUUUAGCUCGACGGCUUUAACAGGAAGGAGAGUAUCUGGAUCUAUUAAAGCAGCUCAAGUGACAAGUCAUGAGAACUCUAGACGACGCACUCAGAAUGUCGAAGGCGAUAUAUUUGUUGACAACACUUGUAUUGAUUGUGAUACAUGUCGUUGGAUGGUUCCGGAAGUAUUCACCCGAAAGGACAACAUGUCUGCGGUUAUUAAACAACCAACCUGUAAGGAGGAAAGGCUGAAUGCUCUUCAGGCCUUAUUAUCUUGUCCCACGGGCUCUAUACGCACUGAAACUCCACCUACUGACAUAGGGGAAGCUCAAGAUAGCUUUCCACUUGCAGUGGACAAAGACACACUCCCUGGUGUUUUUCAUUGUGGGUUUCAUUCCAAGAAGUCCUAUGGAGCAACUUCCUACUUAAUUCUUCAUCGUGAGGGAAAUAUACUUGUUGAUAGUCCUAGGUACAUGGAGAAACUUGCUCGAAAGAUUGAGAUGAUGGGUGGUGUACGCUACAUGUUUUUGACACACAGGGAUGAUGUUGCAGAUCACAAGAAAUGGGCAGAUCGAUUCAAGUCUACCAGAAUUCUGCAUUCUGAAGAUGUUGAACCUUCGACCUCUGAUGUGGAGUUAAAGCUGGAAGGAAGUGGACCAUGGAGCAUCUAUGAAGAUGUCGAGCUUAUACACACUCCUGGUCAUUCAGAAGGAUCAGUGUGCCUGUUCCAUAGGCCCCUCAAGGCAUUAUUCACUGGAGACCAUGUAAUAAUGACCGAAUCUGGAUUGAGCAUUUUAGAGCAGUACAAUCACGGUUCAGUGCCUCUCCAGCUCGAGAACGUAGAAAAGUUGAUCAACCUGGAUUUCAAUUGGCUUAUACCGGGACAUGGAAGAAGAGUACAUUUCAAAGAUGGAGAAGAGAAGGCGAAGAAUCUGGAAGCACUUGUUCAGAAGCACAGGGAGAAACAACUUGUUUCUUUUAGCAAAUCCGGGGAAGCUUAAGACAAACUUUUGUAUGCUGGUUGUUUCUAAACCUGUGAACCAAACUAAACCAGACCGAAUGUAUCUUAAGAUGGUUUGUUUGACUUGAACCUGGCGGGUACACACAUUAGAGAUAAUCCCACGCGGGAUAAUGUAUUUCUAUGUAACAUAAUAAUUUAUAAUGCUUAGACGCUUAUCAAAGUGAAACAAAGAUCGCGAGUAAAAAAGACU